AUGGCUGAAAAGGAGACAGACCCGCUCGAUGGUCUCGAGGAGCGCCUGCAAAGCCAUGCCAAGGCCUUCGAAUCGCUACUCGCAUUAACACCAGCACGUGAACACUACGGCAGCCAGAUAGACGACGGCCUGGAUCCGAGCGAACAAUGGAACCGCAAGAAGCAGACCAAAGAGCAGAAAAAAGCUGCGAAGAAAGCCAAGCUCGACCCUGCGAACCAAAAGACCGCCUUAGACGUCAUGAAGGACCGCGAAAAGAAGCGAAAGCGCGAGCUGCGUAUGGACGACGAGGAGCAUGCUGAGCAAGCUGAGGCGGACGAAACGACGAAGACCAACAAAAGGCAGAAGAAAGAGCUGAGCGCAGAGGACGAAGAGGCGAAGCGAAAGGCAUAUGUCGAGAAGCGGAAAGAGAAGCGCGAGAAGCACAGAGAGAAGAAGUUGAAGAAGGCUGAGAAAGCUGAGGCGAAAAAGGCCGCAAAACACGAUCGGGAUCGGGCAGAAGCAGCGUUGGAGAAUGAAGCAACUGCUGGCGCGGAAUCUGAAGACGACGACGACGAUGAUGCACCACUGGAGCAGAUGGAUGCCUCUGAGCUUGGCAAGGUCGACUUCUCCGGUCUAGCAGCCUCAGACGACGAGGAGAACGACGACGGGCAGGGAGACGCCGCCGAAGCCUCAUCUGCGCCGACGAGUCCGCAGGUCGACAGCCCUGCAUUCGACAUUGCCACAAACCACUCUGAAGCAUCAUCCUCAUCAUCAAUAGUGCCGCCGUCCGAAGAGCCCAAAAAGGCUGCGCGAAGCACAUCGACAUCCAGCAAACCAGGACUGAAGCUCGACCUCUCCGAACAGUCAAAGCCUAUGCAAAAGCCUCUACCAAAGUUUGACGACAUUCCCUCCGGCACAUCAUCACCAAAACUUCAACUACCAGACAUCGAUCAAACACAACUCCAAGAACGACUGCGCAAGCGAAUAGACGAGCUUCGUGCACGGCGGAAAGCAGAUGGCGGUGAAGGCAAGCCGGCCAAGAGCAGACAAGAACUUCUCGAGCAACGGCGGAAGAAGGAGGAACAACGGAAGGCGCACAAGAAAGAGUUGCGACAAAAGGCUAAGGAAGAGGAGGCGCAGAAGCGGGAAGAACAACUUCGUGGAUCUGGCAGCCCACUGUCGACAGACAUCUUCAGCCGUGCGUCUCCGCGGCCGCAAGAGAACAACUUCAGCUUCAGCAGACUCGCGUUCGCUGAUGGUAGUGCUGCGGAUGCUUCGCUGAGUAAGGUGCGCGAUGCGAAGAAGCGUAAGGGACCACAAGACCCGAGGACCGCUCUGCAAGCAGCGGAGAAGAAGCAGGCACGGAUCAACAGCUUCGAUGAGGAGAAGAGGAAGGACAUUGCAGAGAAGGACAUGUGGCUCAACGCGAAGAAGCACGCGCAUGGAGAACGGGUAAGAGACGACACCAGUUUGCUGAAGAAGGCGUUGAAGCGCAAGGAGAAGCAGAAGGGCAAGUCAGCUGAGGAGUGGAGGGAGCGCCAAGACAACGUGGUGAAGGGCAAGGAGAUGAAGCAGAAGAAGCGGGAAGCCAACCUGGCGAAGAGGAGGGAUGACAAAGGCAGUAAGGGCAACAAGAAGAAGCCGUCAAGCGGGAAAGGUGGUGGUGGUGGUGGUGGUAAGAAGAAAGGUAGACCGGGCUUUGAAGGGCGGUUCAAGGCUUGA